UCUUGUGAGAAAGCUAAUGUCUUUAGCAUAGUCUGCCAGGGCGCACACGAGAGAGAGAGAAUUAGGAUGAGAGCGCUGGUCCAACAGGCAGGAACGCGCAAAGGUUCUUAGUGGCUGCUUCCAAUGUUAACACCGGAGGGACGAAGCGAGUACAGAAGCUUGACUGGACCCGGGGGAAGAGAACGCUGGAAUUAUAACUAGGACGGUAUUUAUGAAUGACAAACUAACAACGCAAAAAGCAAUCGCUGAUAACCGACGUCUGAAGGGCACCCGGGGUCGGGGUCGGGGGGGGUGGACUUCAAAGACACAAAAGAACAGCCGAGGAGCGAUGUGUGAAAGGGAGUUGCGGCACCUGACAGCAGUGUGUGCCGUCCUUGUGACUCUGCACGCUCAGGUGCUGCUGGGUGCUGGCAGCUUCGAAUUGCAGAUCAAGCAGGUGCAGAACCGCAAUGGAGUGCUGUGGAGCGGGGAGUGCUGCGGUGGAGCAUCCACCAGGGGGCACUGUUCGCUGGGCGAUCAGUGCAACACCUUCUUCCGGGUCUGUCUCAAGGAGUACCAGCUGAGAGUGGCCGCCACGGGGCCCUGCAUCUUCGGCACAGGGGCCACGCCUGUCCUGGGUGGGAACAGCUUCUCUCUGAGACACCGGCCUCACAGUGAGCACACAGCGCGCAUUCUCAUCCCCUUCCAGUAUGCCUGGCCGAGAUCGUACUCCCUGAUCCUGGAAGCUCUGGACUAUGAUAACAGCACCUCCGGGCCAGCUCUGGAGCAGCUGAUCGAGCGGGUGACUCACUCGGGGAUGCUGAACCCCGGCGAGUGGCAGCCUCUGCGUCACCACGGCCGAGUCGCCAGCGUGGAAUACAAGGUGCGCGUCCACUGUGGGGAGAACUACUUCGGGCCGUUCUGCAACAAGUUCUGCCGGGCUCGCGAUGACUUCUUCGGGCACCAUGUCUGCGACGCCGGGGGCAACAGGGUCUGCAGCGAAGGCUGGAUGGGAGUGGAGUGCCGGCAAGCUAUUUGCAAGCAAGGCUGUCACCCGGUGCAUGGGUACUGCAAGCAGCCUGGAGAGUGCAGGUGUCACUAUGGCUGGCAGGGCCCGAACUGUGAGGAGUGUGUCACGUUCCCGGGCUGUGUGCAUGGCUCCUGCACCGAGCCCUGGAAAUGCGUGUGCGACACCAACUGGGGAGGCCUGCUCUGCAACAAGGAUCUGAAUUACUGCGGCACUCACCAGCCCUGUCUGAACAGGGGCACCUGUGUCAACACUGAGCCCAACGAGUACCAGUGUAUCUGUGAGGAGGGCUUCCGGGGGCGGACCUGCGAGAUCGUGGAGCAUGCCUGUCUGUCCAGCCCCUGUGCUAAUGGAAGCACCUGCGUUGAAGACUCUUCUGGAUUCCAGUGCCUGUGUCCUGCGGGCUGGAGUGGACCCACCUGCACGGAGGACACAGACGAGUGCGUGCCCAGCCCCUGUGCCCACGGAGGGACUUGCCAGGACCUGCACAAUGGAUUUCAGUGCAGCUGCCCGCCACAGUGGACUGGCAAGACCUGCCAGCUGGACGCUGACGAGUGUGAGCUGCAGCUGUGUGUGAACGCGCUGGCCUGCAGGAAUCUCAUUGGAGGAUAUUUCUGUGUCUGCGCUCCAGGGUGGAGCGGACAGAACUGUGACAUGUGGAACGAUCCCUGCCCUGGAGAGUGCCAGCAUGGGGGGCAGUGUGAGGACUCGCCGAGUGGCCACAGAUGUCACUGCCUGCCGGGAUACACAGGGCUGUACUGCCAGACCAGGCUGGGUGAAUGUGCUAGCACCCCCUGCCUGAACGGAGGUCUCUGUACAGACCUGGAGGUUGGAUUCCUGUGUCACUGUGCAAUGGGUUUCACUGGCAAACACUGCGAGGUGGUGCUGGACCUGUGCAGUUCCAACCCUUGCCAGCAGGAGUCGCUGUGCCAGAGCACCGAGGGUGGCUUUCUGUGUGCCUGUCCCGAGGGCUACGAAGGCAAGGACUGCAUGAGCCUGAAGGACCCCUGCCAUGGAGCGCACUGCCAAGGCUCCAGGGGCACCCUGUAUCUGAUCAUCAUCCUGCUGUCAGUGCUAGCAGUCCUGGUCAUCUCUCUCUGCGUCUUUCUGAUCGUCCGUCAUCGCCGGAGAAAGGACUGUCAGCGCAGCCCGCCCGACGAGAGCAUCAACAACCAGCGCGAGUACAUCAACCUGAUCAGGAACCUGCCCAAACCCGAGGAGAUCGAGCUAGCCCUGCCACCACCCACCUCCGCACCCCUCCCCGAGAAGAAGCUCCUGAUGCAGUGCCCCGAGGUGCCCAAAGUGGAUAUCUCCAACCUGGAGCGUGAGAAACUCAACCACUUCCACUGCCCGGACUGGGAGGAGCUGGAGGUGUGAGCACCUUUGCCAGGCAGGCAGGCAGGCAGGCAGGCAGGCAGGCAGGCAGGCAGGCAGACAGGGUAGCUGGGACCGCAGACACCAGUCAUGCUGCUGGCACACACCCAUUCAGAAAGAGUUUCUGACAGAGGAAUCUGCCAUUGACAGACCCAGGAUGUACGUUUCACAACUGAUGGGAGAUGUAGCUGGUUCCUAAUUAGUAAUUGCAGGUAGAUAGCAAGGGUUAUGCAUAGUUAGGGCUUUAACUGUUUUGUAUUUUUUUUGUGAUCAAGCUAUGCUGCUUCUGCACGUGGACCUGUGGUUGGAUGGUGCUUUACUGGUCAAGAAACUGACGUCCGUGCAGGAUUGAAACAGGCAGGCAUGCUUUACUGCUAGCUUGACCCCGCGUGUUUGAAAGCCGACCCUCUGCUUUGUGAAGUAGGUGUGAAGCCAUUAAGCACUGCUAGAGGCCCUGCUUGUUGAAUUUCAGAGCGUUUUUUUUAUAUUUACUUUUAAAACCUGUAUUUUGAAAAAUUCAACCGAGAAAUAUUACCUACCAGUGGGGCACAUAUAUUGGUAAGGUUCGUUUUUAAAGAUUUGCUUAUCAGGAUAAUAUGUUUUGUAGUGUUCUCUCAUAAAAGGCAAACAGAGCCUGUGUCUCUAUUUUCACCCGACCCUACAGAAGUGCACUUUGAUGGGCAUCUUGUAGAGGUGUCCAGGGGAGCGCAUUUGCUUAUUAAACAUAUACGUAAAACUAAUUGUGAGGCUAAAACCAGUUAUUGUGAACAAUAUUUACUGCACUGCUGUCAUUUUUUCAGUGAGGGAAGAGGUGUGCAGGUAUAAGAACACAGGGGGAUGAGCUUGGAUUAAGGGAGCGCUAGUCCUGUAAAGAAACAUUCAGAAGGGGCAGAGUGGGUAAAGUGACAGUGUGAUUUUGGGAGUACAGCUUUGCUCCUCAGUGGAUCUGUCCAGCAGAAAUAUCUUGUGGCCUCUAUUGACUUCCAUGAUCUUGGCUAUGGAAUGGCGCAGCCUGUUCUAAUAAACCCAGUCCACACAGAGCUGUAUACAUUACCUAUAGAAAGUCUACACCCCCUUGAACUUUUUUUACAUUUUGUUGUGUCAGUGCCUCAGAGUUUCAUGCAUUUAAUGAGGAUUUUUUUCCACAUAUCUACACACCAUUCUCCACACUGUUAAGGGGAAAAACGUUUUUAUUGAGAAAAAAAUUAGAUAUUAAAAGUACAAAACUGAAAGAUCAUAAUUGGAUAAGUCUCCCCCGCCCUGAGUUAAUACUUGGUGGAAGCACCUUUGGCAGCAAUUACAGCUGUGAGUCUGUUGGGAUAGGUCUCUACCAACUUUGCACACCUCGAUUUGGCAAUAUUUGACCAUUCUUCUUUACAAAACUGUUCAAGCUCUGUCAUUUUCUUGGGGAGCGCUGAUGGACAGCAAUCUUCAAGUCAUGCCACAAAUUUUCGAUUUAGGUCGGGGCUCUGACUGGGCCACUCAAGGACAUUUACCUUUUUGUUCCUUAGCCACUCCAGUGUAGAUUUGGCUGUGUGCUUUGGGUCAUUGUCAUGCUGAAAGGUAAACUUCAGUCCCAGUUUCAGCUUUCUUGCAGAGGGCAGCAGGUUUUCCUCAAGGAAGUUUCUGUACUUUGCUCCAUUCAUUUUCCCUUCUAUCCUGAUAAGUGCCCCAGUCCCUGCCGAUGAGAAAUAUCCCCAUAACAUGAUGCUGCCACCACCAUGCUUCACAGUAGGGAUGGUGUUCUGUGGGUGAUGCGCUGUGUUGGGUUUGUGCCAAACAUAACGCUUUGCAUUUAGGCCAAAAAGUUCCAUUUUAGUUUCGUCAGACCAAAAACCUUUUUGCCACAUGGCUACAGAAUCUUCUGAGUGUUUUUUUGCAUACUUCAAACGGGAUUCAAGGUGGGCUUUCUUGAGUAAUGGCUUCCUUCUUGCCACCCUACCAUAAAGGCCAGAUUUGUGGAGUGCUUGAGAUAUUGUUGUCACAUGAACACUUUGACCAGUCUUGGCCAUAAAAAGCAUGUAGCUCUUGCAAAGUUGCCAUUAGCCUCCUGGUAGCCUCUCUGAUCAGUCUCCUCCUUGCUCGGUCAUCCAGUUUGGAGGGACGGCCUGAUCUAGGCAGGGUCUUGGUGGUGCCAUACACCUUCCGCCUCUUAAUAAUCGUCUUGAACGUGCUCCAAGGGAUAUUCAAGGCCUUUGAUAUUUUUUUAUACCCAUCCCCUAAUCUGUGCCCUUCAACAACUUUGUCCCGGAGUUCUUUUGAAAGCGCCUUGGUGCUCAUGGUUGGGUCUUUGCUUUGAAAUGCACUACCCAGCAGAGGGAACCUACAGGAACUGCUGAAUUUAUCCUGAAAUCAUGUGAAUCACUACAAUUUAACACCGGUGGAGGCCACUUAACUUGGUGUGUGAUUUUGAGGGCGAUUGGUUACACCUGAGCUAAUUUAGGAUUGCUAAUACAAGGGGGGUGGACACUUAUCAAAACAAGCUAUUUCAGUUUUUAUUUUUAAUUUAUUUUCUACAAAUUUCUAGAAUAUUUUUUUCACUUGGAAGUUGUGGGGUAGGAUGUGUAGAUAAAUGAAAAAAAAACAAACGAUUUUAAUUCAUUUUAAUUCCAGGCUAUAAGGCAACAAAAGGUGAACAUUUUGAAAGGGGUGUAGACUUUCUAUAGGCACUGUACAUAUGUUUGCAUUCAGUAUGAACCUUGUAAUACAACCGUGAGGGGAAGAUAAAUGAACGAGACAAUAACGUGACUCUCCGUGAGCUAAACAGGGUUAUCCAUUACAUACUAAUAUGAGCCAAGGGGCUACAGGGCAGGGAGCAAUCACAACCCAUUUCUUCAAACACAUCAAACCACUAUACUGUGGAGCCUGCUCAGCAGGGUUUGUGAAGAUCAUCUACUGCAGAUUCCUGACGGCAAAAAGUAAUUCUUGUCAAUAUUACAGAUCUUUGUCUUCUAGAAUGUGUAUCACUGUGUUUUCAAAUCUAGAUGCACUUCACAGGUCUGAAAUGUGCAGUUUUGAAAGAAACACAUUUUAUAGUUCUCAGUUUCUAUGCCUUAUCUGUUACACUUCCUGGGUCAUUUCACCUCAGUGGUGUCUUUUACGUCAUGUUGCUGGCUGCAGGUCAGUCAAUUUAGAAAGCAGCUGGUUGGUUAAUGACAGGAAAGAAGCCAUUGAAGGGGUUGGGUCAAUUCUCCACUUGUAAGAGGGAGUCAGGGAGCAUGGUGCUUGUCCACUAUAGGGAGUCAGGAAGUUUAAGUAUGGUAAGUGCAUAGCACAGCAAUGGGAAAAGCAUGGACAAACAAAAUGGGUAGAAAAUCCUAAAUAGUAGAGAGAACGUUAACCCAAGACACUACUUCAAUUUUAGCACAGUGACCAGGACAAGAGAGUGUGACUGGAAGCUGAGCAAAGUUUAGAAAACAAGGUAGGAAGUCCUUUUACACAGAGAGAUAUAAUUACAUGGAAUAGCCUAGCAAGUAUCAGGAAUAAAACUGGGAACAUUAAAAAAACAAUUCAUUCUGCCCUAUUAGAUGAGAUGCCCCCAGUGGGGUGAACGGUGUGUAGGAAGAGAUGAGCUGUGGUCGGCUGAACGGCUGCUGAUCCCAAACUACUGCAGGGAAUCUGUUUUCAUUCUACAGUCGUGUCAAGUGACUUCCAAUGUCUGUUGCUUUUUAGCAUGCCCCUGUAUGUUUGCAAGUAUUCUGGGUCUUUCUGGGUUCAGUUGAUCCAAUAUUGAGUCAUUAUUGUUCUCUAAAGCUGCCUUUACCUGGCUUUAAGCUGCUUGGAGCUUGUCUGGAGAAUCCAAAGUGCCAGGACUCAAAUCAUGUAAUCUCUCAACACCUGUAGGUCCAGUUGAAAAGUGACAUUGUCAUAUGAUUUGAAUGGUGGAAGGCUGUUCAGUCCUGGGACUUGGGCUCCUCCAAAAGAUCAGGUAAUCAGUGUGGGAUCAAUAUAGUUCAGUACCUCUCUGAAUGAUUGCACAUGUGAAACAGCAAUUCAAAUGACAUGUGAAGUUACCUGCUCCAAAUGGCACAGAUAUAUUGCAGAAUUGUGCAGCUUACUGAAGUGUAUCCCUUGUUAACGGAUGCUCAAGCUAACCUUAAUAGUUCUCUUGGUUGCUAACUAGGUGACUAUCUUCCUGCUUCAGUUUGAAACUGUGUGUUAUAUAAAAACUAUAACCAAGCGACCCAGCCCUCCUCUAUCAACAAGUUUGUGCUUGAACACAUUCCUGCUCAAGAUGUGUGAUUUUUCUACUUCUGUGUAAAUACUACUGUUAUUGUAAAUGAUGUACAUAUUUAUGUUUGGUCUUUUUAUUGAACAUUUUUUGUACAAUGCUAAUGUCAUCAGUGUGAAUUGUAAUAAAACGUUUUCAAAUGA